AUGUCGAUAUCAACCAAUAAUUCCACCACUUCUUUGGAGUCUGGUUCUAUUCCAGGUCUUUCAACUCCGCAGGUAAAUAAUGGUGAAUUCAAUAAUGCUACUUGCCAGGACUCCCAAAAAUCGGUCACUACAGUGAUACAUAAGGAUGAGUUAGAAGACCCUGAUGUCAGUAUAAAUAAUGGAAACGUGGUGUCUGUUUUCGACGUAGCUCUUGACCUAGAGGAGAAACUAAAUGAAAUUUUACAACAAAUGGAUGAAGCUGAUGCAGAAAUAAAUGAUCGAAUGGAUAAGGUUGCAUCUAGGCUAACGGCGUUAGAAAUGAAGGUAUCGCAAGCAAGUUAG